AUGACCUCCCCCUCCUCCACCAUCGCCAUCAUCGGCGCCGGCGUAUUCGGCCUCACCACCGCCCUCCACCUCUCCCAGCGCGGCUACAAGCACGUCACCGUCUACGACUACCAGCCAUACCACCUGAACGCUUAUAAUCCUGCUGAGGGGUGCGAUGCUGCUAGCGCUGAUGUGAACAAAGUCUACAGGUGCUCCUAUGGGAAAGAAACAGAAUACCAAGACCUCGCAUUCUCAGGCCGCCCCAUCUGGCUCGCCUGGAACGCCCAACUCGCCUCCACCCCCGCCCACCUCCUCCCCCCCGGCCUCUCCCCUUCCGACACCCUAUUCGUGCCUUCGGGAUUUCUGAGGAUCUCCGAUGGGCAGGGCUUGUCGGCGUAUGAUGCUGAUUGUCUGGAGGCGUUGAGGGAGGCGGGGUUGCGGGAGCAUCAGCAUGUUUCGACGGAAGAGGAGGACAUGAAGAGGUUGGAAGAGAGCGACAAACAAGACCCAUCCUCAAACUGGAUCCGCAAAACGCAAGCCCUCUCCCCCCUCACUUCCCCUCUCCCCCCCACCCCCAGCCCCACCCCAACCCCAUCUUCCACCUCCCCCACCACCACCCCAGAAACCCACCCCGCAAUCCCCUCCGAACCCAGGCCCUACCCCCUAGCAACAACCCUCGACACCUCCGCCGGCUUCACUUACGCCGACAAAUCCUGCGCCUGGGCCCGGUUCCUCGCAGAACAGGCUGGGGUGAAGUUUGUGCUGGGGCCAGAGGAGGGCAAGUUUGAUGAGUUGUUGUUCGACGAGCCUGGGCCUGGUGCUGGGGGUGCUGGGGGUGCUGGGGGGGGGGGGGGGGGGGAGAAGAAGGUUAGAGGGUUGAAGACUGUUGAUGGGAAAGAGCAUUUGGCGGAUGUUGUCAUCGUCGCUUGCGGCGGCUGGACACCUUCUGUCGUACCCGAAGUCGAAGGUCUCCUCGAAACCACGGCUGGGAGUGUGGUCACUGUCCAAUUGCCCGAGGACCGUCAAGAUCUUUGGGACAAGUACGCACCCGAAAACUUUCCCGUCUGGGCAUACGGCCUGACAGGACACGAGUCGCCCGAGUAUGGUGGUUUCUAUGGGUUCCCCAGGACGCAGGAGGGGAAAAUCAAGAUUGGUUAUCGAGGAAGGAAAUGGACGAAUUACCAGGUGAACCCCAAGACUGGCAAAGAACUCUCCACCCCCCGCACAGCCUACACCCCCACCCCAGCUACCAACCUCCCCCUCCGCGCGCUCGCGCUCAUCAAACACAUCAUCGCCCUCGCCCUCCCCGACCUCGCCGACCCUUCCAUCGGCAUCGCCGCUACGAGGAUGUGCUGGUACACGGACAGUGUGGAUAACAGUUUUGUGGUGGAUUACGUACCGGGGUAUGGGGAGGGGCUUUUUGUGGCUAGUGGGGGGAGUGGGCAUGGGUUCAAGUUUUUGCCUGUUCUUGGGAAACAUGUGGUGAACGCGCUGGAGAAGAAGCCGGACGAAUUUACAGAGAUGUUCCACUGGCGCACCGCUGCUCCCGAUGACAAGUACGCCAACGGGCUCAAAGAGGACAAGGAGACGUCGGGUAGGGAUCUGGGUAGCAUGAAGAUGGGGGAGAAGGUGGACUGGUUGUUUUAA